UUUCGGGUUUGGUCCAAAACACUAUAGAACCCUCGCGGGUAAGGAAGAAUUCUCUCCCCUUCUCUCUCAAUUUGAAUUUUUGCGCGGACGAAUAAGCGCGAGGAAUCUCGUUCGGAUUCUGUGCAAAUUCCGGCGAAGGUAAAGGAGAAAAUAAUGGCAGAAUUGAUGGAAGCUACUCCGUCUGUGUCUCCAAGCGUUGAUGUCCAAGCAGUUCGCAGUUGCAUAAGCGAGCUAGAAGAGUUGCAGAGAUCUUUGGAGGAAGAUGAAGCUUAUACGACGGAUUCAUUAGGUUCUGGGAAGUUACUGAAGGAGUGUUCUCUCCUUCUCGAGAGCAGACUACAGCAGACUCUGUCAGAAUGGUCUAACGUAGAUAGUUUCUUGGGGAUUGAUGAUUUAGACGCGUAUGUUGAACGUAUGAAAGAGGAACUUAUCGCGGUGGAAGCUGAAAGCAGCAAAAUCUCCAAUGAGAUUGAGGUUCUUAAGAGAACCAGUAUAGAAGAUUCGAAUAAAUUAAGGAUGGAUCUUGAAGUAUUAAAAUUGUCGUUAGAUCGUUGUGCAUCACAGGACCCAGAGAAGGCAACAGUUAAUUGCUACUCUGUGAAUGGUGAAGAUCAAAUGGACAUGAUAGUUGAGCGUGAAUGCAAUGCCUUUGAGGUAUUGGAACUCGAUAGCCAGAUUGAGAAGAACGAAAGAACUCUAAAAUCUCUGCAGGAACUAGAUGAGAUAUUUAAAAGUUUGGAUGUUAUCGAACAGGUUGAGGACACAAUUGGUGGUCUGAAGGUCAUUGAUGUCACUGAUAAUUUCAUUAGAUUAUCAUUACAUUCUCAUAUUCCAAACUUGGAAGAGUUUUCAAGCUUACAGAGACUUGAAGGUAUGAUUGAGCCAUCCGAAUUGGAUCAUGAGUUGCUGAUAGAAGUUUUGGAGGGGACAAUGGAGUUAAAGAAUGCUGAGAUCUUUCCCGGUGAUGUCCAUUUGCACGAUAUCAUCAACGCUUCAAAGUCCUUCAGCAAUUCUUCAUUGGAAUGGUUUGUGAGAAAAGUACAAGAUAGGAUUGUUUUAUGUGCUCUUAGGCGAUUUGUUGUGAAGAGUGCAAACAAAUCGAGUCAUUCCUUCGAGUAUUUAGAUCAAGACGAAACGAUAAUAUGUACUAUGAUUGGAGGAAUUGAUGCAGUCAUUAAGGUGCCUCAAGGUUGGCCAUUGUCCGAUUCUCCUUUGAAACUCAUAUCUCUCAAGAGCUCAGACCAUUAUAAAAAUGGAGUUUCUUUAAGCCUCAUUUGCAAGGUGGAGAAAAUGGCAAAUUCCUUGGACGUUGGUCUUCGCCACGACCUAUCAAGCUUUGCAGAUGCUGUUGAAAAGAUAAUGAAGGAGCAAAUGCACUUAGAACUCCAAUUUGACAGUGCUUUAUGAUGAUCUUAUUGGAUAUUUCAAAUUUACAAUCACGCCAAUUGAACACAACGAGAUCCUAUAUUCAGGUAACCAAACUGAACAUCUAUCUACUAAUACAAGUGCCCAGUAACUGAUCAUUUUUCAUGCUGAAAAUUUUCGCUGGACUGCUAAUUGCUAUAAUAUAUAUUCCUUUUGUUUGUAUAGAUUAAAGGCUUUGUUGCUCUGUUGAUUUAUCAUCAUUAUUAUUAUUGAUAAUUAGGAUAUCGGAAGCUGUAUUCUUUGCAUCUUACUCAUAGCCGUCCCAAAAUUAUCUAGAGAAUGUUAGGAAUCUCGAACCUCCAUAAUGCUGUGAUAUUAUCCACUUUGAGCAUAAAUCACGAACCUCCACAAUAGUAUGAUAUUGUCCACAAUGGUAUCAUAUAUAUUCCUUCUAAAUGUUAGAAAUCACGAGAUCAUUAUAAUUUACCAAUUUUAUUAAGUUUUGAAUCUAAGGCUUAGAAUUUGGGAUCUUAGAAAACCAACCGAACAAAAAUUCAACUGAUUGAGAUAUUAUACAUUUAUUCUAGCCUGGCCUAGGAGCUUGGAAGAUAGAUAGUAUCCAAACAAUUCAAGUUGAUACCAAUAUAUGCUGGGAAAAUCUAGCAACUUGAAGGACAUCUCAUUUGUAUGAUUGUCCGUAUCAACAACAA